UCACCUGGCACAGUGCUUUGCAAGAAUCAGAGUCCUCGGACUCUGGAUGAGCGAGUACAAAUGAAUGAUGUUCCAUAUGCCUCGGCAGUUGGUUCUAUUAUGUAUGCCAUGCUAUGUACAAGACCAGAUGUUUCCUAUGCGCUAAGUGUUAGCAGCCGGUACCAAAGUGAUCCAGGGUUGGAACACUGGGCCGCAGUCAAGGGUAUUCUUAAGUACCUCAGAAGGACCAAGGAUUUACUCCUUGUGUACGGAGGUGAUGAAGAGCUCAUUGUAAGUGGUUACACUGAUGCAGGCUUCAUGACUGACCCAGAUGACUUCAAAUCUCAAUCAGGCUACGUUUUCAUAUUGAACGGCGGCGCAGUUGAUUGGAAAAGUUCCAAACAAAAGACUGUGGCGGAUUCUACGACGGAGGCGGAAUAUGUUGCUGCUUCAGAAGCCUCCAAGGAGGCGGUAUGGAUCAAACAAUUUCUUGAAGACCUUGGUGUGGUUCCUAGUGCCCAGGACCCGGUGGAGAUCUAUUGUGAUAAUAGUGGCGCCGUGGCUCAGGCAAGGGAGCCAAGUUCGCACCAUAAGACAAGACAUAUUCAACGCAAAUAUAAACUCAUUCGACAUCAUGUCGAAGAGGGUUUAGUGAAAGUACGCAAAGUUCACACGGAUCUGAACGUGUCAGACCCGAUGACAAAGCCUCUACCACGAGCAAAACAUGAGCAGCACCGGAUAGCCAUUGGUGUUAGGGAAGCCAUGUAACUGGAUUAUGACUCUAGUGCAAGUGGGAGUCUGUAGGAGAUAUGCCCUAGAGGCAGUAAUAA